AUGGGGCAGUCUACUGCAACUUUUACACCCCGUGCAAGGAAUGUGUUUACAACAUCAGCACCUAGAGUUGACAUAGCUAUGGAUAGAAACCAGUCUGUUAAUGAAGGCAAUGUGUCGUCGUUGUCACAAUCCACAAACAACCACCAUCGUAGAACGAAGACAACAUGUCCGAUUUUUACACCUACAGUCAACAUGGAUUUUAAUAGCGACUCUGACAAUGAUAGCGACUACGACCCUUUUACAGAAUAUUACGAUAUCGGUUCCCCUCUUAUCGAAUGUGGCUUUUGUAAAUCAAUGAUGUGGUAUCAAGAGAGGAUGCACAAAAGUACACAUUCAGAAAACCCAAAGUUUAUGAUGUGUUGUGGAAACGGAAAAGUUGAACUACCAAUCCUAAGACAGCCUCCGGAACAGCUUGCAAAACUUUUGUUUGAUCAUGACAAUACGGUGAGCAAGAAGUUUCAACAACAUAUCCGACUUUACAAUAUGAUGUUUGCAUUUACAUCACCCGGAGCCAAGUUUGACAAUCGUUUUAACGAUGGCCGUGGUCCCCCAACCUUGAGGAUACAAGGUCAAACAUGUCAUCGAAUAGGAAGUUUGUUGCCUCCGCAAGGUGGAAAACUGAAAUUUGCUCAAUUAUAUAUUUAUGACACCGAAAAUGAGGUGGAAAACCGGAUGCAUGGCCUAAGGAACAAAGAGAUCAUUGAUCCUGCUGUCGUCAACCAGUUGUCCAGUAUGCUUUAUGAAUUCAAUCCCCAUGCUAAGAGCUUUCAAAUGGCGAGACAAUGGUUAAAUGGUGGGGACACUCAAAACCUGAAGCUACGACUUAUUUCUAGCCGAUCCACCGAUGGGAGAGUGUAUAAUCAACCUACUGUGUCUGAAGUUGCAGCCUUGGUUGUUGGUGAUAUUGACACGGCAGAAAUGAGGGAUAUCAUAAUGCAAACAAGAGGAGGACGACUUCAGAGAAUCAACGAACUCCAUGCCGCUUACAUGGCUUACCAGUAUCCUUUGAUUUUUCCUUAUGGUGAGGACAGUUAUAGACCAGAUGUCGCUCAAAGGGACUUGCCUGUCAACGAAAAUAGCAUGAGGAAUAGGCUCACAAUUCGCGAAUUUCUUGCCUUUCGCAUUCAAACCAGGUUAAACGAGGCUAAGACUUUGUUAUCUUCUAGAAGGUUGUUCCAACAAUUUCUGGUCGAUGGUUACACUAUGUUGGAGUCCGAGAAACUUGAAUGGCUACGGAAAAAUCAACCAAAGCUUCGAGUGUCCAAAUUUGUUUAUUACCUUUACCUGUAA